AUGAGCAGUGCCACCGGGCAGACAAUCACCGUGUGCGGCAACGUUUUCCGCCUGGUAGAAACGAUCGGCCGCGGCUCCUACGGCACCGUGCACAAGGCCAUCAAUUUGUCGUCAGGGGCAGCUGUGGCUGUCAAGAUGAUCGGUAAGGACAAAUUGCGACGGCCACACGAGCGUCAGAGCAUCGAGAAGGAGAUUGAGACGAUGCGGGUUGCCGUGGAGCAGUUCGAGAAUGGUCACCCGCAUAUUGUACGCCUUCUGUGCACCAAGGAGUCGCAGCAGCACAUCUUCAUCGUUCAGGAAUAUUGUGCUGGCGGAGAUAUUGCGCAGCUGAUGAAGACCAGCAAUGGCUUAACAGAAGAGCAGGCCAGACUUUAUAUGUCACAGUUGGCGUCUGGGCUGCAGUUUCUCCGCUCGCAGAACGUGGUGCACCGUGAUCUGAAGCCUGCCAAUUUGUUGCUGUCCUCGCGGAAUAUGGCGACGGCCAAGUUGAAAAUUGCGGAUUUCGGGUUUGCGCGAGAGUUGGAGUCAGAGAUGAUGGCUGAGAGUGUCGUGGGGUCGCCGCUCUACAUGGCACCGGAGCUGUUGGAGUACAAAAGCUACGACGCCAAAGCGGACUUGUGGUCGGUUGGUAUCAUCCUGUACGAGAUGCUGGCGAACGAGCACCCGUUCCUCGUGGUCGACAAGGUCCACGCCACCAACCACCUCGCACUGCGACGCAAUAUAUACCGCUAUUUUGAGCGCUACGGCCACGUUCGAGUGCCGAAGAACGUCAAGGUCUCCCCCGAGUGCGAGCAGCUGGUGGAAGCGUUGUUGCGAGUAGACCCACGCAGAAGAAUUUCGUUCGAAGAUUUCUUCCGUGCUCCGUUUCUGCUGCCACCAGCUCCGUCCGAUGCUGACGUUGUAGCAGACCAUGCGAGUCUGGAGAGCUCGGAGACGAAACAACCUCUUGUUGCGGAGAAACUUACGUGGGCCAUGCGGUUCGGUCGAGAGCGCAUGCCGCCCUUGCCCAUCUUUCCGACUGGAGUAGCCAUUUCCAUGUCGUCGACACCGCCAUUUUGCUCCAUUCGAGAAAGUUUCUCUUCGGCCCGCUGUGCUUGCAGCGUUACAUCUUGA